UAUUGUGUUUUUUGAAUUUGCUGUUGUGUUUUGCACUUCAGGGCCACCGUAGGGAUGGGCUUUUUGUGACUAACAUAGCAACAGUGCUGCAUGACCACCGGUGCUCUGUGACAGCUGGGUCCAUUUGAACUGACAGGCGGGUUCUGGAGCUCCAUUGGCCGACAAAGUCAUCCAUCCCGGGGAGGAGAUCCGCCCAUUGUCCCUGUCGCGGCAUGGGGGGGAAGCCUUUGAAGUCACGAGGGGGCGGUGCUGGAGGAAAAAAAAAAUAUGCCAUGUGGUGUUCAAAAGCUGCGCUGUGAUUGGACCAGAGUGAGAACAAGGUCAACGCCCAUUUCGUGAAGGGAUCGCCUCUCUGAUUGGCUCAAUCCGCCACCCUAGAUUCGCCGCGUUUUGCGCGUUCACGCUCCGAUUCUCCCUCGCGAGUUACGUCGACGGCGUCAACCCCUUUCCCCACCUCUUUACGUGACCGGCUGAGCGUUUACGCAAAGUGCGUAAGCGACAAAAAAAAAAAAAAAAACCUAUGGGGAAGGAAUAAAAAAAAUUCAGUUAUCGUCGCACUCUUCUGCUUCACAUCUCAUUUUAAAAAAGAGGUCGCCACACCGGGACGGUUUAAAAAAAAAAAAAAAAAAAAACGAAAAAAAAAAAAGACACGGACGUUUAACGGUUACAACGGUUACAACGGCCGCCGCUGAAGACGAAGCAGACCGUGGCAACUGGCAGAUUUUUCCGUUGGACCGUAUAGCGAGGGGGGAGCCGCCAUGGCAGUCGGAUCAUUGAGCCUCCACAUCGGGAUAUGAAGAGGGGGCUGCAUGCGUGAACCGAACCGGAUCAACCCCGCAUCCGUUUCUCUCUCUCUAUAUAUAUUUAUACUUUGAAAAAAUAUAUAGGUUUUAACCGUGGUGGCCCGCAGGGAGAGGCCAGAUUCAUGACUGUUUCAGCCGGAGACGUGUCUUCAAAGGCCCGCUGAGAGAAAACUGGAUUAUAAAGGAGUGAAUGAUGCUGUGAUCGAGCUUUUAUUGAGCUUUAUUAGGCGAUAAGACUUGAGAGAGAGAGAGGAAAAAGGAAAAGAAAAGAGGAGGGAGCUCUCUCUUUCUUUCUUUCUUUCUUUCUUUCCUUACAGUGUGAUUCAUUUGCUGUCAUUUUUGUAUUAUUUUUUUUUUUGGUGUGUGUGUGUGUGGAUCGAUCAGUCCUGCUGUUUUAAGCAAGUCACAGUCAAAAAAAGAGAGACAGAGAGAGAGAAAUCCAAAAAAAAGAAGAAGAUUGGAUCAUGUCGGGUCGGCCCAGGACCACAUCCUUCGCGGAGAGCUGCAAACCAGUGCCGCAGCCUUCAGCUUUCGGCAGCAUGAAAGUCAGCAGGGAUAAAGAUGGCAGCAAGGUAACAACAGUCGUAGCCACUCCAGGCCAAGGCCCUGACCGGCCACAGGAGGUGAGCUACACGGACACUAAGGUCAUCGGGAACGGCUCGUUCGGCGUCGUCUACCAGGCUAAGCUCUGCGACUCCGGAGAGCUGGUGGCCAUCAAGAAGGUCCUGCAAGACAAGAGGUUCAAGAACCGCGAGCUGCAGAUCAUGAGGAAGUUGGACCACUGCAACAUCGUCCGUCUGCGCUACUUCUUCUACUCCAGUGGAGACAAGAAAGAUGAAGUGUAUCUGAACUUGGUUCUGGAUUACGUUCCCGAGACUGUCUACAGAGUGGCCAGACACUACAGCCGAGCCAAGCAGACUCUGCCCAUGGUUUAUGUCAAGUUAUACAUGUACCAGCUGUUCAGGAGCCUGGCCUACAUCCACUCGUUUGGGAUCUGUCAUCGGGACAUCAAGCCCCAGAAUCUGCUGCUGGAUCCAGAGACCGCCGUGCUCAAGCUCUGCGACUUCGGCAGUGCUAAGCAGCUGGUCCGCGGAGAACCUAAUGUGUCCUACAUCUGCUCCCGCUACUAUCGAGCCCCCGAGCUCAUCUUCGGUGCGACCGACUACACUUCCAGCAUAGAUGUUUGGUCGGCCGGCUGCGUGCUGGCAGAGCUGUUACUAGGACAACCAAUCUUCCCCGGGGACAGUGGAGUAGAUCAAUUGGUUGAAAUUAUCAAGGUUCUCGGCACCCCGACCCGAGAGCAGAUCCGCGAGAUGAACCCCAACUACACUGAGUUCAAGUUCCCCCAGAUCAAGGCACACCCUUGGACUAAGGUGAGUCAACAGGUGUUCAGGCCGCGCACGCCUCCAGAAGCCAUCGCUCUUUGCUCUCGCCUGCUGGAGUACACGCCCACGGCCCGCCUCACCCCUCUAGAGGCCUGCGCACACUCCUUCUUCGACGAGCUGCGCGACCCCAACGUCAAACUGCCCAACGGGAGAGAGAAGCCCUCGCUCUUCAACUUCACCACCCAGGAGUUAUCCAGUAAUCCCUCUUUGGCCUCCAUACUCAUCCCUGCCCACGCCCGCAGCCAGGGCGCCGCCUCUACCCCAACCAACGCCUCUGCCACCACAGAUGGAAGCAGCACAGAGCGAGGUCCCAGCACCACCACCGCCUCUGCCUCGGCCUCCAACUCCACCUCCUGAGCCCCACACACACGCCGCCCCGCCCUGCCCCCGGUCUCAGCCCCAAAGCCCCACGGCCUCUCCAUUGCCCCGGCCCAGGGGGUGAGCUCCGCUCAGCUCAGCUCCGCUCAGCUCUGCUCUGCUCUGCUCGCCUCCCUGACAGCAGCGGAGCGAUGCUGACGCAGUCCGGGUUCAACAGCUAGCCAACAAGCCCCCCCCCUCUUCCACCACCUCCACCUCCUCCUCCUCCUCCAACCGCCCCGUUGCCACGACCACCGAACAUCCCCCGAUCUGCCUCUUUUACCCCUGACUUGGCCCCCACCCUUCAUCCAGCUGUUUGAACUCUACUCCAUCCUCCGUCAAAAGACAUCCCUCCGUGCCCCUUUCGACGGGCAAAGCGAAGCGCAGGGCCAGAGGUGUUGUCAACUGUACUAUUGAUAAAAGUACACUGUACAUGUAUACACAAUGCUAGCCUGCUAAUGUUUGUAAGAGGACAAUCUGUAGAAAAAGUCCUAAGCUGUUCCCUCUCUCCUUAUCUGGCCUCCUUCCCUCUGUCCUCCACGUCCUUCCAUUUUUCUGCAACCUCCAUCCUUUUUGUCUCCCAUCCUUCUUUCCUUCCUUCCUUCCUCCCCUCUUGGUUCCUCCUGUAGUGCAUGGCCUGAGUAUGGUUAGGAUCACCCGAGGGUCACCUCCACCCACCCCCCUACCCAACCUCACCCUCUCACUUCUCACCUCCACUUCCGCAGACAAGGCAUGAGGCUCACGCACGGGUAUACACACACACAUACACACAUCAACACACACUCUCACACUCACACACACACACGGAUGCAUGAUGAUCCUGAUGUAUGUUGGAAAGAAUGAAGCAGUCCCACCCGCGACAGGGGGGGGAGGCGCGGUAACGUUUGGACAGGGUUGUCUUUAUGUUUUUAAACGGUUAGCGGAGCUGUUUUACUCGACCUUGUUUUUAAUUUUCUCCUCGUUUUUUUUUGUUUUGUUUUUUUCGGGUCGCCACGUGCGACGGAUGUGACGCGUAUCCGGUCCUGUGUGCUUGUAUAAUAUUAUACAUACAAAAUACAAAAAAAACAACAAACAAAACAUGCAUACAUACACAGUUUAUAUAUUACUUUUCCUUCUGUAUAAAAAGUAUAUAUAGAUAUAUGUAUAUUAACUACAAUGGUUCAGAAAUCAUUUAUGGUGAGCUCAUAUCUGGCGGAGCACUGGCAAUAUUUGCCGCUGCCUGAAGACAAAUAGAUUUAGAUAAGGUGGUGUGUUUUUUUGUUUUGUUUUUGUUUUUUUUGUUCUUCUUUCUUUCAGCCGGAGUGUUGUCAGAUUCCGGCGCUCGCUCUUCCUCGUCCUCCUGCGUUCAUCCGUAUUAAGGCUGUAGAUGGAUUUAGAGCAUCGCUCUAUCUCCCACCCCCCCGACCCGGUCUGUCUGUAACUUCCCGUGGCGGUGCAGUGUCUCUCUCUCUCUCUGCCCUUCUCUUUCUCUCUCCUGUUUCUUGUGAAGAUGUCUCCCCCUCCAUCCCUUUCUUCGGACUCGUCGCAAAGUCAGGUGGUGUUCGGCUUCAUCCCGCGGACUUGUCUCAUGUGUUGUGACCACUGACUGAAGUGUUAGUGUAGCCUCCCUUCCUUCCUCCACUCUCUCUCUCUCUCUGCCGCACAUAGAGCCACUCGGUACAGUCUGUCGAAGCGUCUUAUUUACAGAGAAUACUCACUACAUUUUAAAAAUAAAAAGAGAAAAGAAAAAGAAAAAAGCAGAAUUUGUAUAUACAUUAUAAAAAAAAAGAAAAGAAAAAAUGCUCCUCACCAAAAUUCUGACUUGUAUGAAUUGUAUGUUGUUGGGUUUUUUUUUUUUAUGUUUUUUUGUUUUGUUUUGUUUUGUUUUUUUUCCAUGUUGUGUUCAAGGUAUGUAUAUAUGCAGACCCAUGUACUGUUUAUGAGCAAAAACAAAGACGACAAAGGUUUAGGGAACGGAAAAAGAUUUUAAAAAAUCAAAAUAAAUAAAAAAAAACAAAAAAACAAACAGUAUCAGGGCAGAAACUGAUGUUGUUUUUAUGGAUAUUGUAGAUGGUGAUGAUCAGCUUUAUCCAGCCAUAUGUUCAAUCUUACCUGUACAGUACAGUAGAUGACAGCUGUAUUAUUGUAACAAGAACUAGUCAUGUAUAGUGUAAUUAUAGUUUGGAGUGCCUUUGCUUUCAUACACCUUCGCCUUGUUUCCCAGCCAUCAGCGCCCACCCACCCACCUUCUCGCCCUCUCCAUCCUUCCCUCCUGAUAUUGUGACUCUCCCUUUGGUGCUGUUGAAUGGUCCUGCUUAUCCUGCAACACACACACACACACACACACUUCUUCCACUUGAUUUCAUCCGCUCACACCUCCUCUCCUCCUCCCUCCCUCGUCGUCAUCGCACACUUUAAUGUAAAAAAAAAAAAUAUACAAGACAAUGUUAAUUGUAAGAAUAAUUCUACCUUGACGAGUGUUUUAUUUUAGAUGUUUUAUCUCACACACACACACACACAUGUGCACACACAAUAACAUGUCAUACCACUGUCCUGGCACGGACUCCGGGGCAUGAAGUGGGUAAAAGUGUGUGGCGGCGGCGGCCGGGGGGGGCGGAGGAGGAAGGAGGUGAUGUCGACGGCCUCAUAUACUGUAUAUAUACAGUACAGUCUCUGUAUUACUCACAGUGUUGGUUCUGUUACCAAAGCCAAACUAAGAUGUAGUUGUGAUGAGCCAUCCUCAGAGGCAGUCGUGUUCUGUCUCUCUCUCUCUCUCUGGAUAUUUUGUUGUUGCUCUGUCCUCUCUGCUCGUUCUCCUCCCUCAGACUUCAGUAGCACCUAAAGGGGGUCGAGUCAUGUAGCCUCUCUCUCUCUUCUCUUUGUCUCCUCCUUGCUUGCUGUAAUUUUGCAUUCAUGAAACGUGUUGCUACCACCAAGACAGUUUGACCUCCUCACCCUUUACCUCCUCCUUCCUCCUUCCUCCUCCUUCCUCCUAACUCCAGUUCAAUAAAAACACCACGACGGUUACCAAAAAAGAAGACGAGCACGUAUGCUGGUAUAAAAUAUUAUAUAUCGGCAUGUGUGCUACCUGGGGUUAAAGAAAAGAGAAAAAAAUCAUUGAAAAUACUACAAAAAACAUCCUGUAUAACAGUACUACUACUUGAAUGCCUCUGUUUGUGACUGAAAUUUUUAUUUCAUUUUUUUUUCUUUUUGUUUUUUUUUGUUUGUUUAUGUUUUUUGUUUUUUUUGUUCUGUGAAGGUAUGCUAAAUGUGCACCUCUGUAAAUAUUCCCUCUGCGUGCUCUGAGGAAUAGUUCCCUGGUACUGUAAUUUGCAUUAAAUAAAGAGUAGGAUAGCCUGGAAAUGAUCAAGCA